AUGUGUCGAGAAAGAAUAAUUGAUGAUGAAAAAGUUGAUAAUACAUCACAUGAAGAAUAUAAUCAAUUAAUUGAACAAAUUCAAGAUAAUAAAUUAAAUGAAUUAUUAUUAACAACUGCUAAUUUACAAAAAGAAAGUGAAAGACUUGAAAAUGAGGCAAGAAAAUUAAUUUAUGAAAAUAUUCAAAUGCAAAUUGAAGCUCGUUUAUUAAAAGAUAAAUAUUAUUAUCGAAGACGAUAUGCAUUUUUAAUUCGUAAAAAAUCUUUUAAUUUUCAACAAUUAAAAAAACAAAUUAGAAUUGAAAGAAACAAAUUUUUUAAAUUUGAACGUCGUUUACGUGAAAAAUAUGAACAACCAUUAUAUUCUAUAAUAUCAAAUACAACAACAACGACAACCAAGAAAACAAUCACGAUGUCAACGUAUACGAUCGAUAUCAAUUGA